GUCCCGUCCAUAUUCCGAUCUUAAUAAACAUUUAUAACGCAGUCCGACCACUUAAAGAGCUGGAGGGACAUAACAUAAAUCCGGGAUGUGCUCCGUUGUCGGAUGUGAGUCGUCGCGUCGCAGUGCGCAACGGUUCAAGUUACCGGAGGAUCCAGAGAAGAGACUGGAGUGGGUUCAGUUUCUCGCCACAGCCAAUAAGCAGCGUUUCAAAGAAUCAUCCUGGACUGAUAUCACUAUUUGUAGUGAACAUUUUAAAGAUGACUGUUUUGUGUAUCUGGCUCCCACUGGCUCGGUCCAGCUAACGCCUAGUGCUGUCCCAUCACUGUGUCCCCAGCCGGAGUCAGACGAGCCUGAGCUAAAUGUGGGGAGCCCAAAAUGUGUGGAGCUUGUGGAAACCCAAGAAGUUGCUUCUCAGUGUUAUCAACUUAAAACAGCUGCUCAAGCAGGCCCUGUCCCAAGAGGUGUUUCAUGUUCAACUGACAUUACAGAUACCUUUCUUCAGAUGCAACCAAAAAAUGUGAAUAUUGAUAUGAUCAGAGAAAAAGCUGCACUUCCUCAGACGAAGGGGAAGUAUGUUGUAAAUGAAAAAGGCCUGCUCCAGCUGUUGAGCACCAGGUGCCCUUUGUGUGGUUCUAAAGUAAAGGUGAAGAAAAUUAUCCAUGGCAUGCUCAUCGUCUUGAACCAACAGUGCCUUCAGUGUGAGUACAGAAACCAGUGGAAAAGCCAGGUCAAUGCCAGUGUCCCAUCAGCUGAAGAUCAACACCUGACAGGAGGCACAGAAGUAACUCCAGAGGCAGCGGCAACAGAUGACUCGGGUGUCCCUGAGAUUGUCGCUGUUAUUGAUGAGGAGAGUGAUCCCAUGAAUGAAACAGAGGAAUCAAGUGAUCAGGGGGACAUGGAUUCAGAUGACGAUUGGAAGCCAGUGAGGGAUUUGUUGCCGUCUAAAGUGCUACAUAAUGAAUCUGGUGAGGAAACAGAAGAUGACGAAGUAGAGGAAAAUGACAUUUAUCCUCCACUUGCCCCCAAACACAGUCAGCUCUGCACAGAGUGUGGGAGGUUUUACAGUAAACGGUGGCCUCACACAUGUGAGCACAAAGUAAAGCCCUAUUCCUGCAAUAUCUGUGGCAAGAGAUGUGUUAGUGAGGUUGCUCUAAAUUCCCACAGCAGAGUCCACAAUGAAAACUAUGAGCAUCCUUGCAAAUACUGCAACAUUACAUUCAAAACAAAGGUGGAUAAAAUCACUCACCAGCAGAUCCACCUAACUCAAGGAAAGCCCUAUAAAUGUCCUGACUGCUCAGAGACAUUUGCCACAAAUAAGGAACGCAGAACCCACCUGGAGGAUCACAGAGGCCCCAAGCAGUUAAAGUGUCACAUCUGUGGGAUUGAAUUCCUCUGGCCACUUUCUCUUCAGAGACACUUAGCUGUGCACACAGGUGUGAAGCCGUACAAGUGUUCGGUGUGCCAGCGUGGCUUCAACCAGGCGGGGCACCUCAAAUCUCACAUGCGUCUGCACACAGGGGAGAGGCCUUUCAAGUGUCAGCACUGUGACAAACGCUUCAAUCACAACGUGAGCUUGAAGAGUCAUGUCCAGCGUUACCACGCAUCUGGGUGUGAACAGAAGAGAGAAAAGAUAAAUGAAAGGGCAAGUGACACUGGUGAUGCUCAGGGUGAUGGGAACAAACAAAGUGUUGACUCAGAGCUUGACAAUUUAGAGGAAGAACAGAAUGCAGAAGAGGAGGAGAAGGAGAGAAAAUAUAGAACUAAAAAGAAUAGGAGAAGCACAGGCAGACCCAUUGGAAGGCCUAAGAGCUAUGCAGCAGACAACCUGGUUCUGGCAAUUCAACUGGAAGGUCCAGAUUCAAACACUAAGACUCGUAAACUGCAGGCGAAGAAGUUAAAGAGAACACAAUACAGUGAAGAAGAAAGUGAGGAUGAGCCGACCGACAGCGACAUGACCAUCUUUGAUUCAAUGGAGGAGGAAGGGGAGGAAAGCAAGAAUGUGCUAAAGAACACAGCAAAAUCAAGGGGAAGACCAAAACAUUCUGACAGUGACUCGGAUUUUAACCCAAAAGACUCAAAGAAAAAGAGGCACAGCAGCCAGAUCAGUGGUAAGAGCUCAGGGAAGCGCAGGCGGAGACCAAGAAAAAAUCUAGUGGUGUGAAGAUUCUUAAAAUGAACAGUCUAGUAAUUAAUUGGGUUUCUAGAGUGUGCGUUCAUACACAACUAGACUUCCUAGAAAAUGACAUAACAUGACAGAACAUGUUCACUUAGGCCAGGGUCUUCAUUAAAUUUCAUUGCCUUUUACUGUUAAGUAAAGAUCAGAAGCUGAUGCUUUGAUUUCAAAAUGCUUUUUAAUCUUGUUCACUUUUGUGUGCACCAUGGUUUCAGACUGGA